CAUAAUUAAUACUAUCGAUAACAAGCGGUCAAGCCAUGCUCAGGAGGAAGGGGCUGAAACUAAAGUGAAUGGAGCCGGGCCUGUUUGAUUUGGCCCUGUGUCUCCAGAUUGGGUUUAGGGAGAGAGCUAGAUAUUUGGAUCAUGAGGCAUUUUCUGUAAGGAGAUGGAGCUAACCAGCCUGGCCUACCAACCGGCCUUCCCUGAUAAGCACACACCUCUGCCCUCUAGUGGCCAUUCCUUGCCUUUGGGGUCCAUUCUAAACCCAGUGGCUCCUCUUCUGUCUUUCAGAGCCAAACAACUCAAAACUCGUUUAGGGAUCCUGCUUCAUAAGCCAGAGUUGGGACAGGAAGCCGAGAGUGUCAGCAAACCCGAGCAGGACAUCAAAUCCAGAAAUUCCUCAGAGGAGGCACUGGAAUGGAACAAGUCCUUUGACCACCUGCUGAAGAGUAAAAAUGGGGUGGCAACAUUUCACACCUUCUUGAAGACAGAGUUCAGUGAAGAGAACCUAGAAUUUUGGCUGGCUUGUGAGGAGUUCAAAAAGGCCCGGUCAAAAACUAAACUGUCCUCCAAAGCCCAUAAGAUCUUUAAGGAGUUUGUUCAAAACGAAGCACCUAAAGAGGUGAAUAUCGACCAUGAAACCAGAGAACUAACGCGGAAGAACCUGACAGCUGCCACUUCCUCUUGUUUUGAUGCUGCACAGGCAAAAACUCGCACUUUGAUGGAGAAGGACUCCUAUCCCAGGUUCCUGAAAUCCACCUCCUACCAGGACUCGACAGAGCAAGCCACCAACGAAAGCACCAGCAAGCGGUUGCACACCUGAUCCAAGUCACCUGGACUGCCAGAAACUGGGGGGUGGAGGGGAAGAGCCACAGAGUGAAGCAAAGGAGGACAGAAGAGGCAGGAGUCUGAGAAACAGUGAGUGAGGCAGAAAAAGCACUGAGCAGUGGGGUUUUGGCUAAAGUCCUAGGAUUUUAUCAUCAGGAUUCCCAGGACCUCAAAAGCUUCCAUGUUCUCCCAAGCUGUAGUGAGGAGCACCUGUCCCUGCCACUACUCAGAGGAUGAAAUAGGACCUGGAGUGGGGGACAGAAAUGGGUGGCCAGUUGCUUAUGUGCAAGCAAGCUCUCCUGUGACGGGCACUGAGUGUGCAAGAAGAGGCUUGCACUAAAAGCAGAGAGAAAGAAGAGCUGCAUCUGAGUGGCAGGUUCCAGUGAAAACAGAGCCACGCCAAUUCCCUCCUGAACUGUCAGCUGCCUGGUGUUGAACUUUGUUCGUGUGUGUCUAUAUGCACAAGAGAGAGCUUCAGUCUGAUCUCAAGACCCUGCCUCUGUACUGACAAGCUACAAACUGUACAUAGGGCCCAGGAGUUUGCAGUCCCCACAGAGCUGGGGCCAAUGAACCCAUCCUUGUCUGCAUGUUCUUGCACCAGCUAGAAUUUCCAGCAUCUCAAAUCGUAAAGAUGAGGCACGGCUUUGGGUUUUCAGCCAUAGGAAUCCUGAUUGAGAGAUUUUUCAGGUUCUAGUCUGCCCUCUUCCAUGCAUGCUCUGGGAAACCCUGUAUGCCUGCUUCCAAUAAGACAUCAGCAUAGUAUGGACAUAUUUUCAUCAAACUAUUUUGAUCCUCUACCUUGUUGUCCUCAAUCUUGGGUCACAUGCAGCAUUCCCUCCGAGCUGCACAGCAGCACAGCCCUACAGCUGCUUAUCAGCCCUGCCCAGGCAGAGGUUCAGGGCUCCGUGCAAGGAACUGCCUGAUUGGGCUGGGCUGAUUAAGUAGCUACAGGGCAGUGUAAGGACUGCACUUUACAAAGCACUUUCUUUGGAUAAGCCCUGAGGCACUUACAACCCAAACUGGAUUUAUUAUAGAAACCGCAGUCCUUAGCUAUAAUGCUGCUCAGCACCCCAUGAGAACCCCAGGAGAGGUACACAGCUAGAGCUCCAGUACAGUCAAAGAAGGAGGCACAAAAGUGGCAGCAGCAAAUUGGAGAAUGUUUAAAAUGUUUACCAUUUGUGUUUUCACCUGCAAAAUGUGUCCUUUGCUGAGUGACCAUGCAGGGGCUUCUUUUUUUACGUGCUUUCUUCAAACACUUUCUUCUUUCUUGUGCAAGAACCCGCAGAGCGUCCACACUGCCCGCCCACUCUUGCGCAAGAUUCACAGUACAGCGUCGGAAGACAGGGCUUCUUGCGCAAGAACUA